AUUAAAUACUAUAUUAACAUAUUUAAGUCAAUCCGUCAACUUUCUCCGGUUUCUUUUUGUCCAAGCCUCCAAGGCUCGAACUCAUCACGGAAUCGUUCUUCUAGAAUCCUACCACGUGUAAAAGCCUACUACACGUGCGAGCUCCACUGACGGAAUGGGAAUCAGUCGCCACUCGUCAAAGCCGUCAAUGCAACCAUCUAAACGGCACAAUCUUCAACGCCGCGUUUCACGCCUUUCAUCUGCCUUUUUAAACCUACGGUCCUCAGCACCUCGUCGCUACAGCCAGAUAGAAGAAAGCAAGAAAUAGAAAGCGAAAGGAUGCUCGGAGAGAAAGCAGCCGAAUCACCUGAGACGCUUACCGCCUCCUUCCGCCUCCGGCAGCUUCCCGAAGAUAUCGACCAGAGUUACGCAGCUUCCCCGCCGCAGAGCUCCGCCGCGCCAUCUUUCGCUGCCGUCUCAGUCCAAACCGACGAGAAUGACGACGAAGACGAUGAUUUCGAGUUCGCUUUUGUGGUUCGGGAUCCCGACACGGAUUCAUUAAUCACGGCCGAUGAGAUCUUCUAUAACGGCCAGAUCCGUCCCGUCUACCCUAUCUUCAACCGCGAACUCCUCCUCGACGGGGCGGAAGCCUUACGGCAGCCCCUGCUUCGGCUGAUGAAGGAAGAGCGGGAGACCGAAAUCUCGCAGCCGGCGAGCAGCUCCUCUGACGAAUUCACGGGCAUCAGCCCGGAGACAUACUGCGUGUGGAAGCCAAAGUCGACGGAGCAGUGCCGGAAGAGCGUAUCGACGGGAUCCGCGCUCCGAUGGCGGAUACGUGACCUUGUGAUCCGGAGAAGCCAUAGCGACGGGAAGGAGAAGUUUGUGUUCCUGGAGACAGACGAUAAGAAGAAGGAGAAGGGGAAGAAGGCGAUGGAGGUGGAUAUCGUAGCAGCUAAUAGAAGGCAUUACGAUCGGAUUGGGCAGGGGGCCACGGCGAGACCAGGCAGCGCUGGCCGGAAGUCGUUUCUGCCAUAUAAACCAGGCAUUGUGGGCUUCUUUGCCAGUGUGAACGGCAUCAGCCGAGUCCACCAUCCAUUUUAGAAAGUUGCUCAUCUUUUUCCCAUAAUUUGUUAUCGUUAAUGCUUUUGCACUGUUUUUUUUAAUGUGAAUGCUGAGUGUUUUUAGGAAAAUAAUUGAUGUGAAAAUAACUUGUAAGUUGUUUAUUAAUUUAAAAAGUGGUGCCACCACUUUUACAGAUUUA